UCAACCCAAAACCCAAUUACCCAAAUUUAAUACACCAUAUACCGCACAUACUCUGUAUUUACUAAACAUACAUAGGGUCGUCAAGCCCCAUCGCCGCCAUUCAUCCGUACAUCACCUUCGUCUCUCCGCCUCUCUGCGUUCGUACAGCAUCCAUAAUUCCACACCAGAGAGCCAACGGUGACUCCGAUGCUCUCAUCCCAACUUGGUUCACAGUUCUUUGUUUCCAAAAAGUAGAGUAAUAGGUAGUCCAAUGUUCUUUAACAUUUCAAUGUGGAAGAAUCUGAGUCACUGCUUGUCGGUAGAGUGCGUAGAUGUGCGCGUUGAAUACAGCCAGCGUAUUUGAGCUCAUGCCGACCCUAGCGAUCUAUUACGGGCAGAAGAUUUGGUGUACAAUGCAUUAAAUGCAACCAUUGAGCCGAGCAAUAUCGAGCCACCAAGCCUGAUAAUUCAAAAGUUGUUCUUUUGUGCUUUGCAAUACAUGCAUUUUAUGGAGCUCCCUACUGCCUCUGCCUUGAUUAUGAAGUGCUCUCAGCCCAUUGUAGAACCCGACCCGACCCGAUUAAUGGACUGCACUUUGGGUGGGAAAAAUGAACAUUUUUCUCCCGUUUUUGUGUAGAGAAAGAUUUUGCCGUAAGUUUGUCACUCAUGUUCUUAUCAAAAUCACUCUCUCGCUGCUUCUCCCAAAGCACUGUAACCGAUCAAAUUUUGGCCGCAAUCAUCCAGAACCGACCAUUAGACGUCAGCCUCCUCCCUUCACCUACUCGACCCGUUUGGACUACAGAAACAGUUUCUGAGGUCCUACGCUCCAUACCCAGAUUCCUCUUCCGGUCUCCGAGAUCCAUCGGCUGCCAGAAUGGCUUUCGUCAUCGCUCCCCUUUGAGACAGAGAAGUCUUAGAGAAGAAUCCAACAAGGCGCGCCAUGGAAAGCUCAUUCUUGGCCCUGCUGCUUAUAGAGACCCUGAAAAAGUGCAGCUUGGUCUGGAAAAAGCGCAUGAAUUUUUCGAUUGGGUGGAAACCCAUUUCGGGUUCACCCACAACGAGCUUACUUGCAGAGAGAUGGCUAUCGUUCUUGCUAAGGGAAGCGGUGUCCUGAAACACAUUAUCCAAUUCCUGAAGAGAAUGUCAAAGAGAGGGCUUGUCACCACACCCACCAUAACCUGUUUGAUAAAAGUCCUAGGAGAAGAGGGGUUAGUAAAUGAAGCACUUUUCAUCUUUUACCGUAUCAAACAGUUCCACUGCAGACCAGAUGUACACGCAUACAACACUCUCAUAUACGCUCUCUGCAGAGUUGGUAACUUCAAGAAAGCCAAGAUUUUACUGGACCAAAUGGAGCUGCCAGGGUUUAACUGCCCUCCCGACAAAUUCACAUACACAGUCCUCAUAAGCUCUUACUGCAGGCAUGCAAUGGAAACUGGAUGCAUAAAAGCCAUCCGGAAGAGAAUGUGGGAAGCAAACCACUUUUUUCGUCUCAUGCUGUUCAAGGGUUUCCUCCCAGAUGUAGUGACGUACAACAGUUUGAUCAACGGCUGCUGUAAAACAUUUCGGAUUGAAAGGGCUUUGGAGCUGUUUAAAGACAUGGAGAAGAGGGGUUGUAAACCGAACCAAGUCACCUAUAAUUCUUUCAUUAGAUAUUACAGUGCUGUGAACAACAUUGAAAAGGGUAUCGAAAUGAUGAGAAGAAUGGAGUCUGGAGGUAAUGGUGUGUCGACCAAUAGUUGUUACACGCCUUUAAUCCAUGCUAUGUGUGAAGGAGGAAGGGCGAUGGAGGCGUGGGGUUUAUUGGUUGAGUUGGUUAAGGGGGGGUCAAUCCCAAGGGAGUAUACUUAUAGCCUGGUUUGCAAGGGAUUAGAAUCGGAAGGGAGAAUGGAUGUUUUGGAUGUUGAAGUAUGUACUAGGAUUGAAGAAGGUAUAAAGAGCAGAAUCAGUCAAGCAGAGAGACAUAAGCCUUUGUUUAGCCGCAAACAUUCAACACCAUUGUAACAUUUGUUCUAUUUAUGAAACCUUUCGAAGUGCAUAGUUUUGGGUAUAGUCUUUAUCUAUGAUGCAAACAAAUGAAACAAACAGUUCUUUUUCUCUUCUUUUGCACUUCACCCGCUACCUCUACAAAGACUUGUAGCUCCACUAAUGGCUACUGUGACUUUAAUGUUGUACAAUGUAAAUAGUGAGAUAAUAUGGCUCUUAUUAUUGUUGUUUUCGAGGGUUACUUUUAUGGAUUGAUACUCUAAAUCGGGUUGAAUUAACUUCUAAAAUGAAAUUGAGACUUGUAUUCUUCA